UUUCCGGGCAAUGUUCACUAAUUUUGAUGAGAACAAUAGAGAUCUAAUUUAUAUAAGAAAAUUAGAUUCAACAAUUUUAAAAUUAUUAGUAGAUUAUAUUUAUGCUGGAGAAAUUAUGGUAACAAAAGAAAAUGUACAGGAUGUUAUUACCAGCAGCAAAGGUCUUGCAGUUAGACUAUGUAAAUGGUGCAUGUAUUGAGUUUUUACAAAAACAACUAGAUCCUUCAAAUUGUUUUAGAAUCAAAGAGGUUGCUAACUUACAUGACUACACGGAAUUGUUGUCGUCUUCAGAAGCAUUUAUUAAACAACACUUUUUAGAAGUGGUUAAAGGCAAAGAUUUUCUAUCCUUAUCUUCUGAUGAUUUAGUGAAGCUUAUUUCCUGUAAUGACCUUGCUGUUUCAUUCGAAGAAAAAGUAAAGAUUAUGUAUUUGAUGCAUUACAAUUCAAUCUACAAAAAUCAGUUCAGUAUGUCACCAUUCCAAAUACAAUUACGUGUAAACCUAGACAGUUUGGCGAUUCACAAAAAGUUAUUCUAAUGUUCAGUCAGUCUAAUACAUCGCCAUUGUGUAGUACAGAAUUGUAUUACCCAGCAACCAAACUAUGAAAAGAUGGACCAUGGAUAUAUGGUUGUUGUCAGACAGCUGGUCUAGGUGUAAUAAGGGAUCAGUUUGUGUUUGUUGCAAAAAUAAAUCAAGUUCAAAAUCUGUAUGUGUGCUUGAUGUAUCUUCUCGAUCACUCUCUUGGUUGCCUAUCGUCGACAUGUUAGUUAGUCGAACUCGAUUAGGAGUUGGUGUAUUGGAUGAUUGUAUAUAUGCAGUUGGUGGCAAGGAUGGUACUUAUAAUUUAAAGACUUCCGAGGUUCUUGAUGUCAGUAUUAAAAAUGGCAAAAGGUGUCUAGUAUGACAACUGAGAGAUAUAAUUUGAGUGUUGGCAUACUCAAUAAUCGUUUAUAUGCGGUGGGCGGUGGUAAUAGAGUAGCUUUGAAAACUGUGGAAUAUUAUGAUCCUAAACUUGACACAUGGAAACCAAUUGCAAACAUGUCUGUAUGUCGUGAAGGUGUUAGUGUUGGAGUCUUGAGGUUUAUAGACCAAGUGAUGGAGUUUGGUCUUCUAUUGCUGAUAAUAUAGAGUUAUGCCGAUUUUGUCCUGGAGUAGUGUCAUUAGAUGGUUUAUUGUAUGUUAUUGGCAGAGAAACUGAAAAAUCUAUUGUCAGUACUAUAGAAAUUUACGACCCAAUUACCAAUACCUGGACCAUGGAGACAUUGUCAUUUUCAAGAUAUGGAGGACAAAUUUAUGGUGGAGUAGUCGUUAAUAAACCACCAAAUUAUAACUAAUUAGCUUAUAUGACAAUCUCAUUGUUUGUAGUAAUAUGUACAUUUUAUUAAUUAUAAAUAUUUUAUGA